AUGACGGUUUUGGGUGACGAACCUGUCUGUAUUAAAGCUUUUAUUUCUAUUCACGGGGUUACUUCCCAAAGAAUUCAAACAAUUAGAGAAUCGUUGGCUUCUAAUGACACUGUAAAACCAGAUGAAAGGGAUAACAUGGAUUACAAAAGAAAAAAAUAUGAUUUCGACAACCCAAAAUAUUUUCAAGAGUUAAUUGACCUAAAAGAGGACGGUAACGUAUCAGAAAUAUACAAUUUGGAAGUUCCCGGAGGAGAGAGUUCUGACGAGGAGGAUGGAAUUCUGGAUAACUGUGAGAAUAAAUCUAUUAUAAGACCAGGGAUUGAUGCUUUGACCAGACUUGACACUGAGACACUGGAAGAAGCCUCUCGUAUUCGAUACGAGAUCACAAGCGGUAACAUAGGAGGUGCAUUUGCAGUUAAAAACAUGACCGGGGCUAUUUAUGUAGCCGGAGCUUUGGAUUAUGAGACUAGAAAGAGGGAUGUGAACGCGAGAUGUCCGAAUAUCACUAGGAUCUACACUUUGAGCGAGAAAUCCGUGUUGGGGUUGCCACUUUACUUCAUUGAAGUCUCUACUAACACAGGGCGUCAUGAAAUUCUUAAACCUGAGUUCAACUACAUCGCUAAUAUGCACGGAAACGAAGUUUUGGGCAGGCAAUUGCUGCUCAAGCUGGCAGAUUUCCUCUGCGAUGAGUAUAUGAAGGGAAAUAAACAAAUUAGGUCCUUAAUCAGAACGACGAGGAUCCAUCUGAUGUCGAGCAUGAAUCCUGAUGGAUGGCAACUGGCAACUGAUACUGGUGGGCAGGAUUAUUUGAUUGGAAGGACAAAAAACAACUCAGUGGAUUUAAAUCGAAACUUUCCCAAUUUAGAUAGGAUCAUUUUUACAAACGAAGAGAUUAUUCAAGUUAUUUCCAAACUAAAUAUUCAAUAUUGCCAACUUGAUUGCAUAGUAUCGUAG